AUGGACGAGCACCUGAGCCUGCUGCGCUCGCCGGCCGCCCUGUCCUCCGGCAGGCACCCGAGGGGCGGCAACAGCGGCGGCGCUGGCGUCGUCGUCGCGGGCGUCGUCGCCGUGGGCAGCAGCCACCACAACUUGGGCUACAGUGAGCAGUUCUUCCCCGAAGGCGCGCUCUCGGGGCCCGGGGAAGGGCAGGAAGACGACGAGGAGGGCGUCGAGGAGGACGUGGGCGACGGGGAGCUGGAGGGGGGCAUGACCGUGGUGGGGGGAGAGGACCCGCUGCUCGAGGAGACCCAGCACGCCCAUGCCCUGCUGGGAGGGGAGCGCUACGACCACCCCUCGAUGGCCCACACCCUGCCUCCCCCUGGCCAUCACCAGGUGGGCAGUGGGGGGGACGCCGGGGAGCACGAGUGUUGUGAGCGGGUGGUGAUCAACAUCUCUGGUCUGCGCUUCGAGACCCAGCUCAAGACGCUCGCCCAGUUCCCCGAGACCCUGCUGGGGGACCCCCGCAAGAGGAUGCGCUACUUUGACCCCCUCCGCAACGAGUAUUUCUUUGACCGCAACCGACCCAGCUUCGAUGCCAUCCUAUACUACUACCAGUCUGGAGGCCGCAUCCGGCGCCCUGUCAACGUCCCCAUUGACAUCUUCUCGGAAGAAAUCCGUUUCUACCAGUUGGGCGAGGAGGCCAUGGAGAAAUUCCGAGAAGAUGAAGGUUUCAUCCGUGAAGAGCAGAGACCUCUGCCCGAGAAGGAGUUCCAGCGCCAGGUGUGGCUCCUCUUUGAGUACCCGGAGAGCUCUGGACCAGCUCGGGGCAUUGCGAUUGUCUCAGUCUUAGUUAUCCUCAUCUCCAUUGUCAUUUUCUGCCUGGAAACCUUGCCUGAGUUCAGAGAUGACCGUGACUAUGACAGCACCACAGGGACAUUUGGGACCAGUGGUGGACCUUUCGUGGCAGAUAUCUUCCCAAAUUCCUCUUCUCCAGCAACCUCCAUGGUGUCCUCUUUCACUGAUCCUUUUUUUGUGGUGGAGACUCUGUGCAUUAUCUGGUUCUCCUUUGAGCUGCUUGUCCGUUUCUUUGCUUGUCCCAGCAAACCCACCUUCUCCAAGAACAUUAUGAACAUAAUUGACAUUGUGGCUAUUAUUCCUUAUUUCAUCACCUUGGGCACUGAGCUGGCCGAGAGGCAGGGCAAUGGUCAACAAGCGAUGUCUCUGGCCAUUCUCAGGGUCAUCCGGUUAGUCAGAGUCUUCCGUAUAUUCAAGCUCUCUCGGCACUCCAAGGGGUUGCAGAUCUUGGGGCAGACCCUCAAGGCCAGCAUGAGGGAGCUGGGCUUGCUCAUUUUCUUCCUCUUCAUUGGAGUUAUCCUCUUUUCCAGUGCUGUCUACUUUGCAGAAGCUGAUGAUCCCACGUCCAGCUUCAGCAGUAUCCCUGAUGCCUUUUGGUGGGCUGUAGUGACCAUGACUACAGUGGGUUAUGGUGACAUGCACCCAGUCACUAUUGGGGGCAAAAUAGUAGGGUCUCUCUGUGCCAUAGCUGGGGUGCUGACCAUUGCCUUGCCUGUGCCCGUGAUAGUCUCCAACUUUAACUACUUUUAUCACCGAGAAACGGAAGGUGAAGAACAAGCCCAGUAUAUGCAUGUAGGAAGCUGCCAGCAUCUCUCCUCCACUGAGGAGCUGAGGAAAGCUCGGAGCAAUUCCACUCUCAGCAAGUCAGAGUACAUGGUGAUAGAAGAGGGAGGCAUCAGCAACAGUGCAUUCAAACAGGCUGCCUUCAAAACAGGCAACUGUACAGCCACAAACAAUCCAAACUGUGUGAAUAUUAAAAAGAUCUUUACGGAUGUUUAA